AUGAACGACGACUCUAAAAUUGCAGCUGCUGCUUUUAUUAUUUUGUGUGAUACAUUAACAAAAAAGCAAAAGAGAAGAGUGAAGAGACGUUACUGGAUGACACGUAUAUUUCAUAGUAGAAAUAUAUACAGUGGCAGUGAUUUGCUGUGUGACCUAGCAAUUGAAAAUACUGGACAAUUUAAAAAUUUCUGUCGUUUGUCUUCUAGUGAUUUUGAGAUGAUACUAAAUCUUAUUGGUCCUAAAAUUCAGAAAGAAAAUACCAAUUUUAGGUUGGCUAUCCCUAUCAAGGAAAGACUAGCUCUGGUGCUUCGGUUUUUAGCCACUGGAGACUCGUACACUAGCUUGAUGUAUACUUUUAAAAUAUCUAAGCAAAGUAUCUCUACAAUAAUUAUUGAAGUUUGUAAGGCAUUGACAGAAGUAUUAAAAGACUACAUUAAGACUCCGUCUACUGCAGAGAAAUGGUUAGAAAUUUCGAGUGAGUUUGACCAGCAGUGGAAUUUUCCACACUGCCUAGGUGCAAUAGAUGGAAAACAUGUAGUUUUGCAGGCUCCUGUAGGUAGCGGCAGUGAAUACUUCAAUUACAAAUCAUUUUUUAGUAUUGUAUUGUUCGCAUUAGUAGAUGCAAAUUAUAAUUUUGUAUUUGCGGAUAUUGGAUGUCAGGGACGUAUUUCCGAUGGAGGAGUCUUCAAAAACAGUUUAUUAUGGAAAAAAAUAGAAGAUAACAGUUUGGCAUUUCCUGAAGCAGCAAUUCUUCCAGGGCAGCAAAAGAUUAUACCAUAUGUUAUUCUCGGUGAUGAUGCAUUUGCACUACACGAACAUCUCAUGAAACCAUAUGCAGGUUUACAUAAAAAAGGUUCUUUGGAAAGAAUUUUCAAUUAUAGACUAUCAAGAGCACGAAGAGUGGUUGAAAAUGCCUUUGGAAUUGCAUCUGCUGUUUUCCGAGUGUUAAGAAAACCAAUGUUACUAGAACCAAAUAAAGCAGCACUUGUUGUAUUAACUACCCUUUACUUACAUAAUUUCCUAAGACAAAGUAAUAUUUCACGUAACAUAUACACUCCUAGAGGAACACUGGUCUAUGAAGAGAAUGGGGAAUUAAUUCAAGGAAGUUGGCGACAAGAACAACCCCCAAGUGAAUCAUUUCUUUCUGUGAGGAAGGUUCCAAGGAAAUCGAGUAACGGUGCUCAAGAAAUUAGAAGUGAAAUAGCUGCAUACUUUAUGAAUAAUGGAAGUGUAGUUUGGCAAAAUGAUUAUGCAUAAAAAAUGUGCUUAUUGCUUUAAUAAAAAUUAUACAGUUUGAACGUAAAGGUUGUAACUAAUUCAAUAAAAUGUUUAUUGAUCAAGUAAAAAAUGAGUGCCGACACGACGAUUUUCAUUUUAAUUGACGCAUUUUAUAACAUUCAAAAAUCUGCCUUCCCUUUCAUCCCCUCAAUGUAAUAGCCACCCCCUCAAUUUUUUAAAAUAACAAGAGGGGUCGUAUGGGAUAU